AUGCAUGCCAGUGUGCCCUGGACAAUUGGAUCCGGGAGCAAGAUCGUCUCCCCUGACAUGACAGGCGACCAUAUCGAAGAGCUAUUCAGGGUUGACAGUGUUGCUACGGAGGAGCUCCGAGAGCGGGUAUCACGAGAGGUGAAAGACCAAGAGACGGCUGAGAAGCUGAAGCCAUGGUACGGAACUUGGUGCAAGCGGCCGACUUUCCACGAUGACUACCUGCCAACCUUCAACCGCGAAAAUGUCACUCUGAUCGAUACCAACGGCAACGGCCUCGAGAGUCUGACAGAAAAUGGCAUCGUCUUUGAUGGAGUCGAGUACGAAGUCGACUGUCUUGUGCUGGCCACCGGCUUCGUUGUCGGGGGCUCGAGCAACCUAUCCGAGAAGAUCGAUGCGCCGAUCACAGGGCGUAAUGGCGUCUCGUUCACGACAGCGUGGAAGAAGCCCGGCUCUACGACUGCCUUCGGAGUGUUUUUGCCGGGCUUUCCAAACUUUGCUGCCACCUUCUAUCGUGGCGGUGGAUUUUCAUACAACCUGUCGUCCGUCUACGACGUCUUUGCUCUCUUUGCGCGUGUCAUGGAGACAGCGCACCGCCGGAAGAACAAUGAACAGAAGUUGGUACUUGAUAUUUCCGAGAAGGCUGUGGAACGUUGGGCCGCCGAGGUGGCAAAGAGAGCCACCUGGUUCAGUCCGCUCAGUGUCUGCACACCUGGCUGUUAUAAUGACGAGGGAAAAAUAUUCAGCAAAGAGGAGUCUACCAAGGUAGAUGAGGCUGAAUCAAACUAUGCCAAAGCCAGGCAAGCAUUCUGGGGUUCCGGUCCUCUUGAUUAUCAACUCACAAUUGAGAGCUACAUUGCACAGAAAGGUUAG